AUGGAGCAAGACAACCCUCAAAUACUUGAAAAUGCUCACUCUGAGUUUAAAAACCAGAACUUCAAAUGUGCAGAACUACUGUACACAAAGUUUAUCUCGUCCUGCUUACAGACCAGGGAUUGUAAAGCCAGUCAUUCGGCCACUGCUUACAACAACCGCGGACAGAUAAAGUACCUCGGGGUGGAUUUUGGUGAAGCGGUGGAGGACUUCUCUUUAGCGAUACAGAGUGACAGCAGCUAUGAGACACCUUUCUACAACAGAGGACUCAUCCACUAUAGACUAGGUUUUUUCGAUGAAGCCAAGAGUGACUUCCAACAAGUAUUGAAGAUGAAUCCAGAUUUUGAAGAUGCCAAAAUGAGCCUGGAACAGACACUUCUGGACCAGCAGCACAAGAUAGACAGGGGAUACUGACAACUCC